AUGACCAAAAUAUUUAUAUUGUGUCUUCUCUUCUUAGCUUCUUCUGGAUUUGUCUAUGGCUCCACUAAGAGAGAGAUUAAAGAUCAUGAUAUUAAGUUGUUUGUGCUUCAGAAAGGUGAUCUUACUCUGAAAGUCACUAAUUGGGGUGCUACACUUGUUUCAUUAAUCCUUCCAGACAAAAAUGGAAAGUUAGGUGAUAUUGUUCUAGGAUAUGAUAAUAUCAAGACAUACACUAAUGAUUCAUCAUACUUUGGAGCUACAGUUGGCAGGGUUGCUAACAGAAUUGGAGGAGCAAAAUUUAGUCUAAAUGGAAUACAAUACAAAUUAAUAGCAAAUGAAGGAAACAAUACUCUUCAUGGUGGAACUAGAGGAUUCAGUGAUGUUCUUUGGAAAGUGGAAAAGUAUGUAAAAGAAGGUGAUAGACCAUUUAUCAAAUUCAGUUACCACAGUUUUGAUGGUGAAGAAGGAUUCCCUGGUGACCUCAAAGUAACAGUGACCUACAUCCUAGAAAAAAACUCCCUAACUAUAAUCAUGAAAGCAAAAGCUCUAAACAAACCUACACCAGUAAAUUUAGUUAACCAUGCAUAUUGGAACCUAGGAAAUCACAACAGUGGCAGCAUUUUAAAUGAAGUGGUUCAAAUAUUUGGUUCAAAAAUCACACUUAUAGACAACAAUCUAAUUCCCACUGGAAAAUUUUCAUCAGUCAAAGGAACACCCUAUGAUUUCCUAAAGCCAGAAAUUGUUGGUAAAAGAAUUAAUCAAUUACCAAAAACAAAUGGUUAUGACAUUAACUAUGUUCUUAAUAAAGAAAAAGAGAAAAAUGAAGAAUUAAAGGUUGCAGCUAUAGUCAUGGAUAAGAAAUCAGGGAGAGUUAUGAAGCUUAGUACUAAUGCUCCUGGUUUGCAAUUUUAUAGUGCUAAUUUUGUGAAGAAUGAGAAGGGAAAAGGUGGAUUUGUUUAUCAGCCACGUAGUGCGCUUUGUUUGGAGAGUCAAGCUUUUCCUGAUUCUGUUAAUCAUCCUAAAUUUCCUUCAACUAUUGUUACUAAAGAAAAGCCUUAUAAGCAUGUUAUGUUGUUGAAGUUUUCCACCAAAGUUCCACAUGCUUUUUCACAAUUCUAG